ACUGCAAUUUUUUCUCUCCUACCGUCACUUGGCGUCGCAGUACCUAAUAGGGGACUUGGUCCUCCAUACCUCUCUCGUGCUGGACGAAGAUCCCCUCGAACCCGAAUUUAAUCAAUAUGUCCCUUUUUUUGUUCUUUAUCGCGUCCUGGGCCUCUUCCGAAUUCCCGUCCUUCCUCUUUUUAAAUUUGCCCGUUCUCGUUUUCGUUGGUCCUGAUGCACUAUCGCCUCGCAUGACUAUGGUCGACCUCGGCUUUCCUCGACGCGAUUCUUGAACUUGCUCGGUUCACCCCAAUAGUGCCCAUAAUGCCGUCCUCCCUCCCCCCGCUACUCACCUACUCACGCGUACACAUAAACACAUACCGUCCCCGCCGAGAUGAGAUCCUGCGCUGUCAAGAUGAACCGGUGUCUGUCACAUUUUCUUUCUUUUCUUUUUCUUUUUAUCGUUGUGCUCUACCAGUACUUGUACGAGUUUUUUUGUCUUUUCUUUUGAAGUCACGGUGGUUUUUUUUUUUGGUGUUUCUGGAGUUGUACGAUUUUCGUUGGUUUGCGGUGGGUACUUGGAUGGCAUGUGUGCCCCUUGGUCCUGGGUACCUUUUUUUUUUUGUUCUAUUCUGUAUUUGAUAGGUUGUAUAUAGAAUGUCCCUACAAAACUGGAUGCUUUCU